AAACCUACCAUUCGAUUCAUCCACGGCGGCUGGCACACCCCGUCCUUAUUCCAGCGCAUGCGCGACCUCUGCGAAUCCCACGGCUUCCCCACCGAGUGCCCCUUACUGCCCAGCAUUGACGCCCUGCCGCCCGUGGGGAUGGUAGAAGACGCCCAAAUGAUCCGGGAAUUGCUCAGGAAGUUCGUCGAGGAGGAAACGCGGGAUGUCCUCAUCGUGGGGCAUUCCUAUGGCGGCAACGUGAUGACGGAAGCCGCUAGAGUCGAGCUCGCGAAAGCUAGACGGGAGGAAAAGGGGCAGCGGGGUGGUGUAGUAGAAUUGUUGUAUUUAGCGACUUUUUUGAUGGCCCCGGGGGAGUCAUUGCAAUCGUCGUCAGGGGGGAAAUUGCCGUGGUUUCUUAGUAUUGAUGAACAAGGUAGGACACACAUGUCGGAACCCGAGCGCCUGCUCUUCAACGAUCUGCCCAAGGAUGAGCAAGACCACUGGGUAGCCGAGAUGAAAGGCCAUUCCGUCAACGGCUCGGUGCCGAUCACGCACGCGGGUUACCUGUACCAUCCGGCGACAUACCUAUUUACCGAGAACGACCAGGCGAUCCCAGUGCAGGCCCAGAAGAUGGUUGUCGACAAGGUGUCCGAGAAAAAGGGUUACUGCUCGUCUGGGCACUCGCCGUAUCUGAGUCAGCCGCAGGUCGUGUUGGAUGUGAUUAGGAAGAUCACUGGGCAUUCUGACGGAUGA